GCAAUUUAGCCUAUCCACAAGUUUAAAGAUCGCAGAACAGGGCACAGUGCAUCUUAGUUGUGACUCUGAACAGCCAUUGAGAGAAGAACAGCGAAGCCACGCACCGGUAGAUCUGAAACUAUUUCCCGCGAGAAAAAAAUCGUCUAGCUAAACUACAAUGAAGGACUACAAAUCGAUCCUGGUAAUUUUAGCUAACUUUGCCCUUUCACUCAGUACGACAUAACUUGGCUUUUAGUCACAUUUCCAGAUACAUCCGUCGUUGUUAGCCAUGUAUCUUUCAGUUAUUUAGCUACUCACUUAGCUAACUCGUUAGCUGUGCAGUUAUUAGCGACCUGUCUACUAUAAUGUACCCCGAGGGCUCAUUAACGCCCACACAAGCUAGCACCAUGGACAGAGAGUGUGUGUCACUACUGCCCCGCGUGUGUGAAGUGCUGGCGGACUCCGGGUGGUCUCUGCCCGAUGACACCAGCCUGGAGAAACUGUUGGACUGGUUCACAGGACUAACAAAAGCUGGGGGAUCUCUGCUCGAGGCCUGCCCCUGUCUGCUUGAAUUCAUAUCCGCUGUGGUUUACAACACGGCUUCAGACCCCGCCGUCCUCUCCUUCGCCAUCAAACUCACCGGCUUAAUGGCUGCCACCGAGGACGGCUUCAAAAUGUUUCAGGAACGCUCUGUUCUGGACCUGGUCUUCAACCUUCAGCGCUGGCAAGAAGCAGGGCUCUGGGAGGAUCCCUGUUUAAGGAUUGGCUGGAUCCAGGGCUUAAACAACUUGUUGCAGCACCCAAAGGCUCUGAGUUUUUUUGUAAAUUCAGGUUUCACUGAGCCACUCCUACAACUCCAGAUGGACUCAAGUCUAUUUGUUGCCUCUGCAGCCAAUCAGAUGCUGGCCCACAUCCUGCACUUCUUUCAGUCAGACUCAUCUGCAACACGUAACGGCGUAGAUGACAAAGAUAACGGGAGAAAGCAAACCCUUAUCCAUGCUGAUGUUGUCCUGGCGAUCUCAGAGUACCUCAAACAGUCCCUGGUUCCCAAAGAAAGCACACAGCUCCAUCAGAGUGUUCAGAUCCUCAAACUCUUGGCCCUGCUCCUGGCCCAGGCUGGGCCUCCUCUUCGGGACCAGCUGCUCCUGACAGUCGCGGACUCUCUAGAGGAACUGGUGACAGCAGGCUGCAGUCAGCUCACACUCCCUCUGAUGGACGUCAUUCUGGCUGCUUACAGCUCCGGCACCGAUGGACACGUCCCCGACCGACGCGUCACCCAUCUGCUGUCCUCCAUGUUGAACACCAGGAAACCCUCUGACCUCGUUCGUGCUGCAGCUGCUUUUCUUCGCGGACCUCAUCAUGAUGCUGUCCACUCUGCCCGGGCUGUGAGAGUACUGCUGCUACCCCUCCACAUAAUAUCUGGUCAGACUCUUCUGGGCACAGACGCCACAGCAGGCGAGUAUCGAUCGUCACUGUUGGAGCAGCUGAAGAGUAAAACCUCCUGCAUCUCUAUAAUCUGUGUCUGUCUGACAAACACUCCGCAGAUCACACUCAUGCCCUCAGAUGUCCUCCCCUGUCCUCCACAUUUGAUUGUCACCGCAGUUCUGUCACUCUUAAAGACCUGCAGUGGCAUCCCCUCGUCCGCUGGUUGUGGUGAGGUUUGCAGGAAUGUGAUUGGCUGUGGCAAAGUCCAGAAAUGUGCUCUAGAGGCCCUGACAGCUCUCAGCAGCAGCCCAGGAGCGAAGGAGAAGAUCAGUGAUGUGUUCGAUGUUCUCAUACAAUAUCUGGACAAUCCUGAUUCUGACCCUACCGUACUUCACAAGUCCUACCAGGCCUUAGUAAAAUGGACGAGUGUGUGCACAGACUUCUCCUUUAUAACAGAGCAGCUUAGACGAGAUCUCUCUGGGGUGGUGAAGAAGCGUGUGUGUGACAUGCGCUGGGAGGUGAGAGACUCAACCGUGGAGUUUCUGGGACACUUGGCAGACACUCAUGUCCUCUGGAGAUCAGUCAAGGAGGCGUGUGAUGCACUGGAGGCUCUGCUGGGAGACUGCUGUACCACUCCUCUCCUGAGGGAGGCACUGCAGGACACGGAGAGUUACGUGAGAGCCAGCGCCAUCUCUGCACUGGCUAAGACUCUGGGCCGCAGCUGGCAGCAGGCGGCAGCGCUCACUCAGGAGGAGACUGAAAUAGUGAGUCGGCUGCUGGAAAUUCUUUCCCAGGACACCGAGGGAUUCUCCAGGAGGGCUGUCGUGCGGUACUUCAUCGCCUGGUUCUCUUCAUGCCCGUCGCCCUCGUCACCCUCUUCUCUCCUGAUACAGUGUGUGCGCACCGUCCUCUCGCAAGGGAGUGCAGACCUGGACUGGGAGGUCAAAGUUCACACGCUGGAGCUGGCCGAGCUGCUGCUGGACGAAGCCUUUUCUGGUCACCGGGGUUACAGGAAGAGCUCAGACGCACAUCGUGCUCUGCCGCACCCCUACGGUGUCGUCUCCGACCAGACGCACACACCUCACGCCCACACUGGUGCUCACACGGAGGGCGCGGAGGCAGAUUUGGCCGGAGCGCUGAGCGAUCUGGUCGAGCAGGGAGUCGUUUCAGCACUGCUGUGCGGUCUGGUUGACUGCGAUAGGCCCGUGGGUCUGAAGGCCUGUCGACUGCUGAUAGCACUCAGGGAGACGGUGUGUCCUUUGUCACGAGGACCACCGGACGCUGACAGGGUGUCCUGUGAACUGCCAGGAUGGGGCUGGGGGCAGGAGAUCAGAAGGAUACUGGGGGCGAAGAAGGGUGAUGGGGACAGAGAGGUGGACCGCGUCACUGGAUGGGACAGCUCUGAAGAGGAGGCUGCGGGCGAAGCGGACGACUGCGUGAUCGUCAGCGUGUGUGAGGUGCUGAGGUCUCUGGCUUUGGACGAGAGGCUGGACGUCCUGACUCAAAGCAGCGACCACGUCCACAACUCGCCCCUGUCCCUGCUUCAGGACAUGCUGACUGCGAGUGCCGCUCACAAUCAUCCAGACUCACAACCAGGGGAAGAGGUCAUAGUGGACUGCUACUGAGACACACACACACACAGCCUUACCCUUACAGAUUUCUGCUUGUAUUUCUACACUUGAGAAGGCACCUUUUUAAAUCAUCAUAUCCACACACCUGAGAUCACAUUUUGACAUUCUGAUUGUUGAUUUCAGAAAGUGAAAUCAACAACAGCUGAUUUAAAGAAAAACAAAACAAAACAAACCUUGCUUGCUGUUUCAUCAAACAGCAAGCAGAAAAGCAGUUUCUCCUGCGAUGAUGUCUGUCAUGUUGAUAUGAUGUUCUUGUCUUGUCCAGCAGAGGUCAGUCACAGCUCACCAAAACCUGAACCUGGACUCAAGUCUUUACAACCCAACCUGCCAAAUUAGACCAAAUCUUUUAUUGUUUUUUUUUCUUUUGUCCAUCCAUUCAACUCUUGCCUCUGUUGUGGAUCCGACUCGACAUGAAUGAUGUCCGUCACACGUUGAUUUUAAUUAACUUUUGUAAAUAAAUAUAAAGAGUAAAUUGGUA